CGAGGAGAGGACUCCAACUAAACUGCCCUUUCUCCCCGGCCCUUGACCUGGGAGUGCGUGAGAGUGAGAGACAGCAAAACCCUAAUUUUCACCCAAUUCGCUCCUUCCAAGCCCUAACCCUAGUACGCUCGAUGUUGUAAUCCCGCCGCGUUUGCCAUGGCUCUAGAGGGGCCUGCGGAGCGACGGGACGAGGGCCAGCAGGGAGGGAUGGCGAACGGGAAUGGCGUGGCUCCGCCGCCGUCGCGCACAGCCGGCCGGCCGUCGGGCCCGGCUGCGUACUCUGACAGGCGGCUGCGCCUCAAUCCGAAUACGGAGCACAAGCCGCAGGACUACUCCGACGUGCGCGGCGAGUACGCGCCAGCCGUGUACAGCGCCCUGGAGCGGCACCUCCCGCCUAGCCUCCUCGAGGCCGACCGUGAUGUCAAGCUGCACUUCAUGCGGGACAUACUCGCGCGAUAUUGGCCCCAUGGCGAGCGAAACAAGGUUCAUAGGCACAAAGAAUACAGGCAGAAGAUAGUCCACCUCUAUAAGCCACUUCAUCAAGAAUUAUACAGCAUGCAUCCUGCAGCUUUCUUCUUACCAACAUUCCUCGAAGCAGUAAGAACCAAUACAGAAGAAAGCCUUGCAAGUAUAAUGACUGAACCAACUCCUGGUGUUUUUUCAUUUGCUAUGUUACAGCCCAAAUUUUGUGACAUGCUAUUGGAGGAGGUAGAGAACUUUGAAAAGUGGGUUCAUGCAAUGAAAUUUAAGAUAAUGAGGCCAAAUACAAUGAAUAAGUAUGGUGCUGUCCUUGAUGAUUUUGGCCUGGAAGCUAUGCUGAAUCAGUUCAUGGAGGAGUUCAUAGCUCCAAUUUCUAAAGUUUUUUACCCUGAGGUUGGUGGAGGAACAUUGGACUCUCAUCAUGCUUUUGUUGUAGAAUAUGGGAAAGACCGAGAUGUUGAACUAGGUUUCCAUGUUGAUGAUUCUGAGGUCACAUUAAAUGUUUGCCUUGGCAAGCAAUUCUCUGGCGGCGAAUUGUACUUUCGUGGCAUCCGUUGCGAGAAUCAUGUGAACUCAGAAACGCAGCACGAGGAAAUGUAUGAUUACUCUCAUGUUCCUGGACGAGCUGUACUUCACCGUGGCCGUCAUAGACAUGGAGCUAGACCGACAUCAUCAGGGCUCAGAAUGAAUCUGCUUUUGUGGUGCAGAAGCUCCGUGUUCAGGGAGAUGAAGAAAUACCAGAUGGAUUUUUCUAGCUGGUGCGGUGAGUGCCAGCGUGAAAAGAGAGAAAGACAGAUCCAGUGUGUCAAAGCGACCAAGUUGGCAUUUCUUAGGCGUGGAGGGGCAAUGAUUUAAUUCAUAUUUACUGCAUGUAUUUUAUACAAUCCUGUAUCAUGUUAUAAACAUCCUUUGAUCAUUUGGAAAACAUCUAGUGUAGUUGUUGUCCAAUUUCCAGCUGGUAUAUUUAUCAAUGUCAUUGCAUCUUAUGGAGUAAAUGUAAACUUCCCUGCUGUAUUGCCACAUAAGCCAUGGGUUAUACUUUUAUAGUGUUUCAGUUGUACUGGUGUAUUAA